AACAGCCUCCCAUUGGGGUGGCGCGGAAAUACCGCGUAUCCCGCCAGCAUCGACGCCGACAAGAGUUUUCGCAAUGGACACUUACAACACCGAGGAGUCUUUGCACGUUGAGUCGGAAGUGCUGUCGCCCGCGUCCGUGUUCACGCCGCAGACGCUCUUGAUUGCAUCACUGUCGCUGGUGGUCGCGCUCCUCGCUAUUAUUAUUAUUCUAUCGCGUAGAAGGUCACUCUCGAAGGGAGAUGCCCUUCUCCUUGUUGGCUAUUCUGAUGCAGGCAAGACUGCCAUUCUGUCUAACCUCGUCUACAAGAAGACUUUACCGACGCAUACAUCAAUGCAAGUAAACACAUCUAUAGUGCCACUAGGAGAGAGAACACUCCGAGUGAUCGAUGUGCCGGGACAUCCUCGAAUCCGCGACCAAUUCCGUGAAUACCUACCUGACGCGAGAGCAAUUGCCUUCGUCGUCGACUCGAGCACGAUUUCCCGGAACGGGGCAGCCGUUGCAGAACACCUUCACCAAGUACUGCAUGCGAUUACUUCCCUCCCACCCUCGAGACCUACCCCUGCACUGCUUAUCGUUGCACACAAGCGUGACCUUCUCAAGUCAACAGCUCAAGCAACGCCGGACCAGCUCGCCAUCAAUCGCGUGCGGACCAUCCUCGAGCGCGAACUCGAGAAGCGGCGAGCAUCUCAAGCUGGCGGAGUCGGUGUCGAAGGCCUCGGAGUGGAGGGUACCGAGUCCGAGUUGGGCGGCUUGGAGUGCAGCGGCACGGGCGAGUUCAGGUUUGCCAGUUGGGAAGGAGGGCAGGUCGAUUUCGUCGGCACCUCCGUGGAUAUCAGCAAAGAAGCUGGGUUAGACGAGAACUCGGUCGACGUCGACGGACUGCAGCCUCUACGCCGGUGGAUAGAAGAGCAACUAUAGCCCUGUUGAUGGGCAGAUCGAUCGCCUGUGCGCAAUCGCUUUGCAAACAAUGACAAACAACCCGGACAAUAUAAAGUUUUCCCGACGGUGAAGUUGCUCCUCUCAUGCAGCCUCAAAGACAGUGCCUGUUCUUCGUUCAAUACUCCACGGGGAACAUGGCGAUUCGGCAUUGCAGAGAGUGAUACUGUGGGUGGCAAAAGAGCUCUAGCAUCUCCCCCUUGGAGGGCCAUGGUGUCGUGAGUGUCAGAACUUCCCUACAUUCCUUCUCUGUAGCGCACGUACCAUGUACGUUGUGUUGUGUUUGCAUUGCACUGCAAAUCAUUAUUUAUAGCUAUCUACGGGCAUGUAGUGAUGUAGUGAUAGCCGUGUGUAGCAACGCUAACAAUUGAUGAUUUUCUACCGUUC